CCAAGUGAGGGGAGGAGAAAGAGAAGAGGAAUAAUAAAUCCAAGUGGUUGCAAAAGGGAUUGCAAUGGUGUUUCAUUUGUCCAGGCUAGUUUAGAGAAACCUGGGCAGUUUCUGAUUCAGAAAUGUAAGAAAGUGAAAAACUUGGCUUAUCAUUCAAUCAGCUUAUCUUUUUGACUUCCUCGUAUUCAAGGAGCACAUCACAUAAUUGAAUUUUGGUCUGUGGAGAAGCAUGCAGAUGAGUUGAAAUAACCAUGGCUUUCCUGGCUUUCCCAGUUCAGUGAUGGAUAUCUGCUGUAGGAUUGAUGCUUCCAAUGCAUGCAAUUUUUCCAGCAUCCACGACAUCUUUUUGUGAUGCAGUCAAAAUAAUGUCAAAUGUUAUGCAUUUAAUCCAGGUAGACUCCGUCCAGCGGUGGAUGGAAGACUUGAAGCUCAUGACUGAUUGUGAAUGCAUGUGUAUUCUUCAGUCCAAACCAAUCAGCACAGAAGAAGAUGCCCAGAGUGAAUUUUCUCUGUCAUCACAACAUGGUGCCUGUGAUAACUUGCAGUUGUUGCUGAAAAGAGCUUGGAUUAUAAGCACUGAGCUGACCAGGAUUGUUCAAAAGUUAGAGAAGAACAGAUGGCAGAGGGUCCACAGCAUGACAGUAAAAGUCAACUGCCAUGUCCGUUCAAUGAUAAAUGAAUACAAUGCAUUCACAAGAAAUUCUUGGGAAGAAAUGCAUCAGUAUGAAACAAUGCUAGUGGAAAAAUGUUCUGAACUUACAACAGUUACUGAAAGGUGCAUACAGAUUGAAGAUGAACAGAUAUUAAAGUCUAUGAAAUCUUGUAUUAAUGAUGCCCUAACCACAGUUGCACAGUAUUUUGGCCAACUGAUAGAACUAGCUUUAACCUAUGAAAUAAAGAACCUGGUGAGGGAAAUAGAUUCAUCAGAUAAUCUGUAUUCUGCUGAAUCAGCUACCAGCAACUUAUUCAGUCUUACCCAGGAAGGUUCUCAUUUGUGUCGCAUCAUUGCUAAGGAAGGAGGCAUUGUUGCCCUCUUUAAGAUCUGCCGUCAGGAUUGCUUCAGGUGUCUUUAUCCUCAGACUCUCAGGACGCUGGCAUCCGUCUGCUGUGUGGAAGAAAGCAUCCAACAUCUAGAAAAGGUUGAUGGAAUAUUAUGCCUGGCUGACAUCCUUACGGACAAUACUCACUCCCAAGCUACCCAUGCAGAGGCGGCAGCAGUGAUUGCUCAGAUUACAUCUCCUCAGCUCACCUUCACUCAUCAUCUCAGCAGUUUCCUAGAGAACAUGGAGGAAAUUGUCACAGCACUUCUUAAAUUGUGCCAAGAGGCCACUUCUGGAGAGGUUUUCUUGCUGGCUUCAGCUGCACUUGCCAACAUCACAUUUUUUGAUACAAUAGCCUGUGAGAUGUUGCUUCAGCUAGAUGCAGUCAACAUUCUUAUAGCAGCUUGUUGGGACAAACAAAAAGUGGAUAGUCCCUAUUCCCGAGAUCAGGUUGUGACAAUAUUAGCAAACAUGUCUGUCCUGGACCAAUGUGCCUCAGAAAUAAUCCAAGCAAGUGGUGUUCAAGUUCUAAUGGAAAUGCUGUUUGAGAAACCGUCAUCUGGGAAUUCACCAGAGGUAGCUGCUUGUGAACGAGUUCAGCAAAAAGCUGCAGUUACGCUCGCCCGGCUGAGCCGUGAUCCUGAAGUGGCACAUGCAGCCAUAAACCUUAGUUGUAUUCCACGCCUCAUAGAACUUUGCAGGUCUCCUGUUGAAAGAAAUAACAGUGACUCUGUUCUUGUUGCAUGUUUGGCAGCAUUACGCCGACUUGCUGUUGUUAGCCCUGAUGGCCUUCAAGAGUCAGAUUUCCAGCAGUUGGUAAAGCCCAGGCUUGUGGAUUCCUUUCUACUUUGUACCAAUAUGGAGGAAAGCUUUGUAUAAACAAACAGAAAAUAUACCAAACAUAGCAGCUAGUGCUAUCAGGACAGUGUAGCUAACAGUUUAUUUAUGAUUAAUUUAUUUUAACUGCAAAGAAACUAGCAUGGGGAAAAAUGAGGCCAUUAAGAACUUUAGAAGAGCCCUGCUGGAUCAGACCAAAGGCCCAUCUAGUCCAGCAUCCUGUUCACACAGUGGCCAACCAAAUGCCUAGGGGACGCCUGCAACAGACAUGAGCACAAGAGCAGUCUCCCUAUUUGUGUACCCCAACAGCUGGCUCUCAGAGACGUACUGCCUCCAACACUUGAGAUAGUACAUAGCCAUCAUUGUUACUGGCCAUUGAUAAGUCUUACCCUCCGUGAUUUUGUCUUUUCUGAUCAGGGGAAGGGAUCAGUCCUGAGCUACAUAGAGCCCUCUUUUCCCUCUUCCCUGGGUUUCUGCAGCAGUACCCUGUCCAUUACACAGAAGAGGAGGCCUGUACAUACCUCUAAUAUGCUGCCAAUGCCCCCUCUUCUGGAUCCUAGCUGACAAUGAUAUGAACUUCGCGGAAGAGAGGAUGGCUGGAUAGGUAUGUGGGAGGAAAGCCCAUAGGUGGACUACAUAGUGCUGGAUAAGUAUAUGGGUACAUGCAGAUUCCCUGUUAAUAUGCAGUAUGUAGCUAUGCUAUAUUUCCCAAAGUGGCAAACUACUCAUAACACACCAACAUGUAAGGGAGAUCCGACAGCCAUUUUUAUUUCCAAAAAAUGCUUUCGAAUGAAGGACACGAUUACUUUUUCCCAGUGGGUGUUUUCCUGUUCCAAAUCACUACUCCCACCCAGCUGCUUCCCCCUUCACAGAGUUCAAGAUGCAUGUUUACCCUCAUCUGGAACUCUGAGCAGUGAAAGGCAGUGUAUUGGCAAGGGUGAAUUUGGAGUAGAAAAACCAUCAGGAGAAAGGGUUUAAUAACUCUCUGCUCAGAAGGGCCCCCUCCUAGAGCUGCUUUUAAUUUUAAACAAUGGCAUUUAGAGUUUCCUUAUAUGAGUAACACCAUGAAUGUCUUGUUGACUGGCCUGAGAAAAUAGCAUAGUAACAGACCCAGAUAUUCAUUGUGAUAUCUUCAUAUUCAGAGUUGGACAGAACCUCUCCAGUAAUACCUCUGGAAGGAAAACCUGUGGCUUUAGGUUAAAAUGUUUACCAUGCUUUUCUUUUUAACACAACUUUAUAUAUUCACAGUGUUAUUAAAACAUAUUAACAAAUGAAAUGGAAACAAAGAAUAUCAUGUAAAUUGUGGGUGCAGUCUGGCUCUUAUUUAAGUCACUGGCAAAAUGAGAUGAUGGAAAUUUAUGAGCUUUAUAUCCAAAGUUGAAUUUUAUGUAGGCAAAUGCUAACAUAAAUUAUGUUAACUAAUGAUCUUGAGAAGGAGAGUCAGGCUGUGUACAAAUGUAAUACUUUUAGUGUAGUGUUGACUAAAUGAUGGUGAAGUUAUCCACAUUAAUGAGAAUAGGUGCUGUGCUGAAAAUUUCUUCUGCAUUUUUCAACUCUUCUCCAUCACUUAAUGAGAAAAGAAACUGCAUCUGAAAAUUGUCAGAGAGGAGAGAAAAUUUUGAUGGCAAUCUCAUGGGUGGGAUGUAAGGCUUUUGUUGUGAUUACCCUACUUUUGAGGUGGCCAAGGGAUGUUUGUGAGGGUCCCUUCUUCCAUUCUACAAACGAUCUCUUCAGUGAUCUGUACUCUGCAUCUCCUUGGCUGCCUGGGCUUCCUGAAAACCCCAUGACAUCCUUGCCUGAGCUUUCCUGUAAGCUUUGGAAGGCAGGGAGGCUAUAUACCAUGCACUGGACAGCUCUUCAUUUUAAAAGUGAAGGCUUUUUACUUUGAAGAAAUCAAUACAGAAAGAUUUUUAUAAAGGCAAAAGGAAGGAUUUCUCUUGAAAACAAAACUACCAAAUACACUGUUCCUCAGGCACUUGGAAGCCACCCUCAACAUGUUCCUGCACUUCAGUUAAAGUCCAGGGGAAGAUACCAUGAGGUAAAGUCUCACAUAGGAUUUUUUCAGAUCAGAAAGCAUGGGCAGCUGGGGAGUCUACGGAGCAAUGAAGAAAUGCUUAAUGGAAAGAAAAACACACAUCGUCCUUGUCCACCUCACAGCAAUAAAUUCAGCUCAACUACUCAACCACCAUCAUUAUAAAGAAAUUCAAAAUUUCAAAGUAUCCUGUGUAUGAGGCAGAAAAUCAGAAGCCUUUCUCACAGGGGAAGAAAACUGUAGGUCAGGUGUGGGGAACCUUUGGCCCUCCAGAUGUUUCUGAACUACAACUCCCAUUAUGUACAUAAAUUUACCAUGUUUGCUGGGGCUGAUGGGAGUUGUAGUUCAGAAACACCUGGAGGGCUAAAGGUUUUCCACAUCUGCUUUAGGGAAAUUGGAGAACAUAGGUAUUUAGCACACCACUAGUGAGAACUAGUUUCUCCACAUGGCUCCUAUGAUCAUCUCGACUUCAGUGGAAUUGUGUGUCUGCUUAAAUUAAGAAUAUUGUAUGACUAUUCUGUAUUCAGCAUCAUUAAGGCCAGCAGGAUUUAAACAUGCAUAAAUAGGAGCACUAUUGCAACCUCAGUGUUUAGAAGGGUUUGUGGCAAAGUGCCAGGUACCUAGUUAAGCUCUUGUUUUCUGAGUGGCAGACCUGCCAGAAACAUUUUCAUAUCAGUGAUUUUCUGUCAGGCUAUUGGAAACACUUUAAACAUAUAUUUAAUGAUUGAACAAGCCUGGCCUGAAAGGCCAGCACGUUAGAGAGUCUUCUUUUGUACACCAUAUGAUACUGGCAUAUGUACUGAAUAUGUGAAUCACAUUUAACUGAAAAUGUUUAAUUAUUAUUAUUUUUUGCUCUGGCAUAUGUUUGCA